CCCCAGCUCCCCCCAAAUGUUCUCCGAGCUCUUGCUUGAAAAAAACGCAGAAGAAGCAUAUGGUUCAUUGAUGCUGAAUUUAUGGUAUUGAGAAAUUCUGAUUGGAUUGAGCAGAUCCGCCUUCGAUAGCUCCUAUGAAUUCCGAUUCCUCUCCAGCCCCUCCAAUCCCUCCCCCGCCUCCUCAGAAUGUUAAAGCUAGGGACUUCUUGAACCAUCUCGAAGCUUACCUUGCUAAAAGAGACGGCGUUGACAAGCUACUCAAAAUUUCCAGGUACGCUUCCAAGGUGAUCCUCGCCUCCUCCGUUAUUCAAGGUAAUCCAACCCUAUCUCUACGUCUCAAGAGCUUCGAAUCCAGUGUUGGGGUUAGUCGGAAAGCCUUCAGGCUUGGUAAGUUUGUUCAGGACCUGAACGCUUUGAGAAACGCUCAUUCUGAUUCCAAACAGGAUUGGGUUCUCUCUAUAAUUGCCUAUGGUGGUGAAGGCUUUUAUUACUUCGUUGAACAGUUCAUAUGGCUGGCGAAAUCGGGUCUUAUCGACGGCAAACAUUCUCGUAAUUUGCAGAAAAUAAGUGCUUGGGCUGAGAUUAUUGGGUAUUUCGGUAGUAUUGCUCUGAAGCUGAGGGAUUUGAGAAAUAUCUGUGAUGAUGAGGAAUGCUUGAAAUCGAGUAUUGAAUUUGCGAUCAUGACGGGUAAAGGGUGUCAAGAAGACGAGGCAAAGUUAAAUAAAUUAAGGGAGAAGAAAUUGAUGAAGAGGCUCUCUUUAAUUCAAGAUUUGGCUGAUGGUUUUAUGGCAUUGGAUGAUAUAUUGGAUGGGAAAGGACAAUUCUCUAGGCCAUUGUUGGUGUCUUCUGCAGGGCUGCUGUCAGCACUCAUUAGCACUCACAAGAAUUGGGUUUCUUGCUAAAUUUGAUUUGAUCGACUUCACUUUUUGGAGCUUGCUCAAAUCUCUACUUGUUUGCAUGGGAGCUAUAAGUUUUCUGCAUCUCUGUUCUGUUAACUAUACAUGCAGCAUGUGAUCACUGUGACAAAUGUGAGAAGGUAUGUAGCCAAGGGUAGCCUUCAUUACUUGUUGGUUAUGUAGGGAAGUCAAAUGAAGUGAAGAGUGCUGGCGGGCAAUGUGCUUGAGCGAGAGGUUCUAAGAAAGGUUGGCUACAACAUUAAGACGGUGGUGUUUAAAGAGGUCCUCGACCAUAUUGAUCUGAAUAUUCUGGUGUCAGAUUUCUUCUACUGAUCAAUACAUAUUACUUUUUGUUUUUUACCUUUUGAUAAUUCUAUUUUAUUAUUAUUAUUUUACAUUUAUGGAUGUUUACAUAGUCUUAUGAUUAAUCAGUAGUAAAUAUAUCAUGCGUUCUUUAUUAUAUUUCCUUGGUUUGGAAUUUUUUUAGUCUGGUUAAUCUUGUCGUUCUGCUAUUGGGAUGAAUAUAAACCCAUUAUAUAAAUGAGUUCCUGCUACCAUAGAUAUUUUCUUUCUACCAUGUCAUGAAAGAGUUUUCGGCUUUUCAGAUCAUGUAUGAUAGUUGAAGCUGAUAUUGAUUGCAGGGGCAUUGAAAUGGAACAGAAUAGGGAUGAUUUACUGUAAUAUAGAAAUAAUUGUAUCACUUUCAUUUGAUGCUACCUUUCUGCAAAUUCACCUCCUGAAGGCUAGUUUGAAGUUCACGCUCUUUCCUCUGUUUCUGAUAUUUCUAAUUCUAAGUUGAAAAGUUAUCCUCCAGUUUCCGGGGCAUAUGUGUAGAAAUUUUGUAGCAUCCGUUUGUUUUUUCUCCUGUUUUCCGGGGCAUAUUUUUUUUGCGGCAGUUCAAACAGUGAGGGUUGUAGUUGGGACUCGGGAGCUCUAAAUUCUAGAAUUCAUGCCCUUGGAGACAUGUAGUAUCUUGGAGAAAAAGCACAUACCUCUCUACCUUGUGAUUUGAAAUCGUUAAUUUAGUGCAACAUGCCAGAAUGGCAUGUCCAGUCCAUCUUGGUUCAAGCUUUUCAAUUUAACUUGUGCUAGCUCAAGUAAAUCUCGUCUAGAACGCUCAGAUCCAUCUUGUAAUGGAAGAAUUUGGGUCUUCUCAAAUCAAUUUAUGAAUGUAUAUAAUAAAAUGUAUUGAGUCAUACUACUCAUAAAUUAUAGAUAGUGAUUUAUUUUUCAGACUCA